AUGAGUCUUCUUACUGGAUUGCCGCUAGUGUUUACACAAGAAAUAGAAAAAAAACGUACAAUUUCAAGUAUAGCUUUAAGUUGCACUUUUCGUUCUGAUCAUAAUCAAGAUAGUUCAAUUGACCAUGAUCAUUUUUUUUUUCGUAGAGUCUCAACACCGUUAUUAACCCCGAGGAAUGCGGCUAACAAUGAUCAACUGUCAAAUCCAGCUCGUCGUGCAGCAUCUCCACCAACAGACUCUUCAUCUUCCUCUAUCUCCUCAUCAUCAGAAAAUCCACGAAAAGCUGCUUUUGACUUUCCAUUACCAACGACCAUGAGUCCUCAGCAAAAUGUCAUUAAAAAAACAAGUGAUAUUGUUCCACCAUCAUUAAUUAAUUUUGAUGAUAGUAGUAAUAGUAGUGAUGAACAAGAAGAAGACGGAUCAGCUUCAAUAUUUUCUAAUCGUAAUGCAACAACAACUGCAUUGGAACAUUUAAAAACUAUUGAUACUAUUCUGCAAGGUAAUGAAACACCACGUACAAGAACGAUUCCUAAAAAACCAUCAAACAAUGGAACUAAAGAUUUUCCAGCCGAAUAUGAAGAUGAAAGCAUAAGCCAUAGCGUUAGUCAUAGUAUAAUUAGUAGUGUGGAUGACAUUACCGUUGAUAAAGCAUCACCUUCUCCGUCGACUAAUAUUGAUUAUUUGGAAGAUUACUAA